UAUUGGGUUAAUUCCUGAACGUUUUUGGGAUCAUUUUCGUUUAAACUGGUGUAUGAUUCGCUGUCGUUGUUCAUUUCUACUUUGUCUUCUACCAUUCUAUCGAAGAAUUUGAGCAAAUUGUGUAUUUAUAAGUUUUUGUCGGUCAAAAUUUACGAUAGAUACGAAUUUUAUCGUUUUUCUGUUUGUUUGAUCGAAAAGUGUCGCUACUUGUGCCUGGCACCGCUACUGCCGGCUCGAAAUAACAACUUUAUAAAAGUUUUUAAAUAUAUGAGACGGACAUUAUUUUAAUAGAUUUAUAAUAAUUUCGUUCGAUAACAAUCAUAAAGUGGUUAAUUAUUAUUAAAUACCAGUAGUAAAAUAACUUUAUUACCGGUGUUGGAACCUGAGCCACUUUUUUUAAAUGACAUGACUAGUGUCAAUUGUCAUUGUCUAGAUCUUUUUCUAGUGCGAGUAAAAAAAACUCGAUAUAUUUAAUUUUUCUAAUAAAAGUUAUGGGCCGAAAAUAUUUGAUAAUUAAAAAUGACAUUAUUUAAUGAACUUAUUUCGAAAACAGCAUUAAAACUCAAUUAAAUUUAGAAAAACGAUUUCACCUACUCGGUUUUGAUUCGUGCGUGUUCGCCGAUGAGGCAAAUGUCAAUAAAAGUCAAAAGUGUCAGGCAAUCAGCUGAUUAUGUUUUAUUUGUAUUUGUGAGUUUGGCUUAUAAAUAAGAGUAAAUUGUUCCUCUGCUGUGGUUAAAAAUAUAACAAUAUGGACAUUUUAUGAAGCGUAGAUACGCAUUUCAUUGUCAAAAUGGACGAGAAAGAUAGCUGUUGGGCUUAUUUACCGUAUCCUGCUCUGUAUAAAAUAUUCCAACAUUUGAACUACAAAGAACUAAUUUCUGCAGGUCAAGUUUGUAAAUUUUGGUACGAAGCUAGUUUCAAUGAUUUAUUAUGGAAGGAUUUGUUUGUAAAACAUUUUGCCAUUGAUAGGACUAUUCCAGUAUACGCAAAUAGGACUUGGUAUGAAGAAUUCAGGAGAUUAUCUUAUCAUAUUCCAAUUGUACAAACAGAGACAUUAUUAGAACAUUCUGAUCAGGUGUUACACGUUAGUUUUUCUCACAAUGGAAAGUACUUUGCUACAUGUUCCAAAGAUGGUUAUGUUAUCCUAUGGAGAUCGAAAUAUCCAUCGAAAAUAAAGUACAUAAGGAAUAUGAAGCACUUCAAAUGGAAAUACACCCAAAAUUCUCAAUUCAAUGAAUCCGAUACUUUAUUGCUGGUGUCCGGCGUCCAUUUCGGUACCACUCACAGUACUUCCGGAGAGAUUGCAGUCUUCAAUUUAAGUCGUUUUGAGCUUCAAUGUCGAGUGGUUAACAAACCGUAUGAUAUUUUCGGUACAUGGUACAGCGAUCAAUAUUUAUUAUCCGGAGACCUACACUGGCUGGCUCAUUUAGUUAGUACUUCUUAUCUGUGGCUCAAUAGAGCUUCGCAAGAGGCCGAAUCUGAACUGGUUCCCAUUACGCAUUGCCUGUUUAGGUUUUACAAUAGAAAUGCUAGUUCUAUAAGAGCAAUUAUGAUAGCGAAUUGCCUUCCUAAUUCCGAAAAUAUUGACAGAGAUCUUGAAAACGAAAGCGAAAUUAACAUGGAUGAAGGUUCAUCGUCAUCAUCAUCAUCAUCAGCACAACAUGGUAAUCCUGUUAGUCAUAAUGAUAUUACUUGGACGUCCUGUGAUGUAAAGAGAGCUAUGGCUAAUUCAAUGCACGAUUCAUUGAAAAAAGACUUUCCUUAUCCUAUAUGGUACAAUGCUGAUUAUAGAAAAGUCGAAUCGGAAUGUCACUUGUUUGAGGAACAAAAUAGCGAUGAUGAGACCAUUGCAGAAAAACUUGCUGAUGAUACUGAUGAAGCUAGUUCAGAUUCUUCAUGCGAAACGGACACUGAUAGGUUCGUUCAAACUGACAAAUACCUCAUAUUCACGACGGGUUACAAAACCUAUACGCCUCAUCAAAUAGGCUUCAAACGCAUAAAACCCUUUACGUUUCCGAAAAGGAUGGACCCCGGACCGAGUUUGAAGGAAAGAUUAAUACUGUUCGAACAAAGAAAGGAGCAAAGUCCACCGCCGGACCCCGAUUGGCUAAAUUUCGAUCAAGUCGCUGACAAGUUCGAUAAAAUCGAUCAUUUGAUCGAUCUUCACGGGCACAUCGUCGGCAUGGGUUUAAGUCCGGACCAAAGAUAUUUGUACGUGAACAGUCGCUCUUGGCCCGAAAAUUACGUGAUAAGCAAUCCACUCGAACCGCCGCCGAUAGCGCAAGAAAUCGACAUUCACGUAAUAGAUUUAGUCACUCUGAAGCAAGUGGGAACAAUGCUGAGGGCACACAAAGGCUUCACGCCGAAUAACGAGUGCUUCUUCAUAUUUUUAGACGUCUGCGGCGAAUACGUAGCAAGUGGAGCCGAAGACAAGCACGGGUAUUUGUGGGACCGCCACUACGGCACGUGCUUGGCGAAGUUUCCUCACCAGGACGUGGUGAAUUCGGUGGCGUUCAAUCCCAAAGAUCCCGAGAUGCUGGUGACCACUUCGGACGAUCAUACGAUCAAGGUGUGGCGAUCGAGGGCCAAAGUGCACAGUCUGAACUUGGACGAGGCGUCGUUUCCCAGAGGCGUGGAGCUCGGGAAGGAGCAAAAGACGAAUGGCAGAGCGAAAAGGUUUAGAUGUAUAAUUCGAUAGCCGAGUGAAUUAUCGAAUAGUUUAUUCAGUACUAAAUUGAAGGAAUGGAUAAAUCCCGUUUGUUAGUGCAAAUUGUCAGUGUGUGUGUGUUAAGCAAAAUUUUUUUAACCUGAAUGUUUAUGAUUUGAUUAAUUUAUUGAGUUGUUGAGUUAUAAAAUUUUAAUUAAUUGCUAAUUAGUUUGCUAAGUUAAUCUUAUCGAUCGCUCCUCAGCAAAGCACAAGUAGUUUAGGCUUCAUGUUUAUGUAACUGUCGGUGUUUCAUUGAUUAAUUUAUUUCGCUAAGAAAGGUGUUUGAAUAUUUGAUUAAACCGUUUUGAUUUUGUACUGUAUAUCAAUUAGAAUGAUUUGCGCCGAAUUUAUUUAUACGAAUCGACAAUUUUUCUUUUUAUUUUAAGUUGUAUUUUAUGACUAUUUUUGUUAUUUGCGUUAAAUAUCGAGUAUCUAUCGCCGAUACAUUUUUUGUAAACGUUUGAUAUUUAUUAUGAUAAAUUAUAUACAUUGUUGAUGAA